AUAUCAGUGGUGACACAUUUAGAAGAAGAUAUGCAACAUCCGCUUCAGCCUUGGCAAGAGAAACUCUUGAAAAGCAUUUAACAAAUGGAUCAUGGCAACCUCCAAUAGAAAAAGAAGACAAUGGCUUACAACCUCACAGGCAGAGACAUUUUAUUACAAGCUCAUCACCCAAGCCCUGUGUGCCUGAGGAGCACUAUGUACAAAAGAUCUUAUGCAAACAUAGACCAAAAUAUUAUGACCCAUGUGGACUGUUAAAAUGGAGCAAGCCCAGGUAUUUUCAGACAAAGAACUCCCUUAUCUGUAAAUAUAUACCAUAUAAUCAAUUUCAAGAUUAUAUGAAAGAAAAGAAGUCAAGUCGCACAGAACAUUCAAAGUCUGAGAAAGAGCAAAUCCAAAUUAACAGUGCAAUAGAAAAUUUCCUUAUGAGUGAGAAUAACACAGAUUUAUCAAGGUUAACAAGAAAAUACAAGAAAACGUAUUCCCCAAAGAGGGUCAGCUAUUGUAAUCCUGACUUAGUAGAAAAAAAAAGGUAGGUGAAAUCACCCAAAACAUCAACACACUGGAAACAGCAGGAAAAUCAAAGUAAUCAGCUGACCACCUUGGAUCUCAAAACAAGCAAAGGAGGACGAUGGUUUACUGAGUCACAGAUUAUCAAAAAGAAGAGAAUCAAACAAUCUGGUCACAAAGGGAAAAUUAAAGGACAAAAUUUAAGGAAAAAAUUAAAUUUACGUCCUUUUAGAAAAGUCAGAGUCCAUCCAGAAAAAUCUUCACCAGAACUCCUCAGAAAGUGUAAACAAGCAGUGAUACCUCCUAAGACAUUCCCCAAAACUUCUGAUAAAAAAACUAAGAUAAAUCUUGUGUCUUCUGCAGAUUUCCUUCAACAGUCAGAGAGUGAAAACUACAUUAAACUGACUCCAAAAAUGCUUUCUCUUGAACAUGCCCCGAAGCAGACCUCAACUUACAAAAGAAGUACUAAAAAUGCCUCUCUCAUCAGUGCUAACAAUUUGUCUACAGGCAACCAGAGCUCUGUAAAGGGCAACUGUUACCCAACUGGUCAGGUUCCUAAUGGAAACUCAUCAACUGUGCCUCAGCCUACACCCCAGAAUGUCCAGCACGGGUUCUCACUUUCUCAGUUCUCAAUGGAGCAAAUGGAAGGUACAUCUCAGCUUCAACCAGAAGUUUCUAGUUAUUCACCAGCUACUUCAGAAAAUGUGGGAAAUAACGUUUUUCCAUUUCAGCAUUCCAGGGAAGUUAUUGAUCAAGGGGCAACAGAGUCCAGAGAGCUCAUGGAGCAGAACGAAUCAAAGUCCAGUGAGCUAAACCAGUCCCCUCGGUCCAUGAGAAACCAAGCACAAUUUCUAAGUGUUUACAAGACUGACACUUACAACAAGGAAUGUACUUCAGAGCAAAAUCAAAUUUUACAAUGUAAGAAACAAAACUUAAGUCAUGAACAACUUGAAAAUGAAGAAAAAACAUUAAUGACAAAACCCAAAAUAUCACAUCCAAUUGUGGAAAGUUGUAUUAUGGAUAAGGAAGGAAAUGAAGUAGGGAAAAAUCUUCUUAACACAGAAACUUAUGAUUCCUCUCUUAUUCCCUGGACACAGUCCAAGAACAACCUACCAUUUAUGAUGACAAAUUCUAUUCCACACCAAAAUAGAAGAGAGCUUCCCAAGGAUAUCAGUACUUCUACUCUUAGUAGUCAAGCCAUUUGGCAUCUAACCAAUAGUAGCGAAAAAAGAAGUGACAGCACACAUGUAUUGCCCAGAGAUGACAGCACUGAAGCUCUGGAGAUAAAAAUAGUAGAAAAAGAAGGGGAAAGUAUACUUGAUGAAAGCAAGACCAAUUCUAGUAUAUUCAUUUGGACCACACAAAUGACCUCAAAGGGCAUCACAAUUGGAGGGCAGCAAACUUGGGAAAAUGGGAAAAGUGAAAAACACGUUUUCUGUGAUUCAAACUCUGUUGAGGAGACCAUUACAGUUAAAGAUCCAAGGAUCACAAAUUCCCAGGAAACCAAAAAUAGAAUACCUCACAGUGAAGCAGAUCUUCAAAUUAACAGUCAUAUGCACGAUUUGAGAGAAAUUCAAAAUAUGCAGCCAGAUAAAGAUAGCAGUGCACACAGAGAAGGUGAAAUGGCAGCGGAGAGACAUGCAGUGCUUCCUCUCUCACCAGAGUUAAAAGACAUUAGUUUUGAGCCAGAAAAUGAGGUGCCUCUAAUUCCUAGCAGAAUAAAAGAAGCUGAAAACUCUGUUCCAAAACCUGUACCGCAUCCACCAUCUGCUGAAUAUGCUAAUACAUCACCUUUAGAAGCAGAGCAAAGUGAACAAAAUAACUCAAAUAAUAAUCACUUUCUAGAUUAG